CUGCUCUAAUCCGAUUCACUACUCCUUUUGUCUGUCUGAAGAUCAUUUCCACAUUGCUUUCAAAGAUGAGUGAUUACUUGCGAAAAUCGAUCCAAGAUUUGGAUUUGGGAAUUGAUGAAACGCCGGUCUCUUUACCACCGGAAUUCUGUGCUCGUGCGGCUAUUGCCAAUCGAUUCUCUUUGGUGGUUACGACGGUCAACCCCAGAAAACAGAACCUCCGAGCCCUUAUUGGGCAGAUGCCUCGUGUAUGGGGAUUUGCUGACUCUUGUGUGGGUCGUAUUUUGGGUCAAGGACGAGUCCAAUUUGUGUUCCAGAGUGAGGAGGCUCUGAAUCUGGGUAUCCCUUUGUUGUAUCUAUCGAAUGAUAUGGCUGAGUAUGUGGGAAACCAAAUUGGUUUAGUGAAGCAUGUGGAUUUUGAUGAAAAUGCCACCAUGGUGGAGUUUGUAAGGGUUCAGAUGGCGUGGAAUUUUGACAAUCCCCUUCGCUUCCAAAGGAUGUUUCACUUCAACAAUGCUGAGGGAACAAUUGUGAAAUUCAAGUUUGAACGUUUGAGAAGUUUCUGCACUAAGUGUGGCUCUUUGAAACAUGAUAUCAAGGACUGCACUUUAGGCUUUGAUGAUCCUCAAAGUCCUCCUGCCCCUGGUGAUGAUGACAAUGACGACUCUGGUCCUAGAGACCCAACAAACAACCAACAACAAACCAUUUCAGAGGCUUCUUCUCUGAAAACAAUUGAUCCUUUUCAAGACAUUCCUGGGCUGACCAAGUUCAAUGGUAAAUCGGUGGAGUUUGCAGACCAAAAUGAAAGCAUGUCGACACUGCCAAGUCUCUUUGAAGACACUGAGUUAACUGCUGAACGCCUCCGCUACCUUCAUGCCAAAUGGAUCAGAAACCAUGAGGGUUUCCUUGAGCCUUGCUCUGUUUAUGGUGAGGGAACUAGCAAUGUCCCUGAUACAACUGUUCCAAAGAGGAAGAGGAUGGAAACUGAAGCUUUUUACAGACGCUGGGAGGAAGUGGAAGACAAGGCGGUGAUGCAUCAGGCUCGAAAACAGAAAAGAGCAGAGUCCCAAGGAUCUUGCUCGGCAACAGGACUUGACGGAGGCGCGGGGGGCCCGGUACCCCUACUGUUCCCAACAUGAGGAUCAUCUCUUGGAAUUGUCGAGGUGUGGGAGUGCCAUUAACUAGUACUAGAUUACAUCGUAUGUGUCGUAUUUAUAAGUUGGAUGUUUUAUUUCUCGUGGAAACUAUGAAUAAGUGUGAUGUUGUACAUAGUCUUGCUUUAAGUUUAGGCUUUGCUAAUGUAAUAACUGAACCUCCACAAGGUAGAAGUGGAGGUUUGGCUCUAAUGUGGAAAAACAAUGUGUCUUUAUCCAAGAUCUCUCAGGAUGAAAGACUUAUCGAUGUACACAUUACUAAUAAUAAUUUAAGUUUUUA